AUGUCACCUCGGACUCAACCCCAGACCCGACCCCGACAAGAAGGCAGGCAAGGAGGACCACAAGCAGUGCAGCGCCGCAUUCUCGACCGACAAGAUUGGUUAAAAGAAGACUCCAACACGUUGGCAGCCCAUUCAAGCUUCAUCUCCGCCCCUCGGACGCAAACCCACGACAGCAAGACCGCCAGUCGUCCCAGACCCUUACCAAUACUCAUGCCGCAGCCCAUCCUUCUCAAGCACGGCAGCCGCUACCAGAACCAGAACCAGUGGUCAGCCCAGCUGCUCUGGCACAUCCCAGGCACCACCACCACCACCUCUAGCGGUAUCGUCUUCAACGACUGCGCCAGCCGUAUAACAGCGCCCGGCAUGCCGCGCGAGGCCGUCGGGCUCAGAACCAAAGCCACCGAUACGAUCCUGGCGUGGGCCCAGGAGGCCGGACUGCACAUCUUCACCGCCGACGACGACAGAGGACUGCCGCUGCCGAUCGGAAGGCGCGAUGACUUCGAGAGGGAAGAUGGAUAUAUGUGGAUCCCGACCCCGUGGCCGAUGCUGCCGUUCUGGUGGGAGGGGCUGCGCGUGCGGUGUUUUGUCGAGGUCGGGCUGGAGCUGGCGCGGGGGGGUGGUGGUGGUGGGUAUCGGGUUGUUUUGGGUGUUAGUGCCUUGAAGCCGGUCUUGGGGAGUUAA